GGGAGGGGUGGCGGGGCCGCAGUCGGUGCCCCUGGCUCAGUCACGGUGUCCCUCUCUCACUGACUCCCCCUCCUUCCACCACGGCCGCGCCGCCUCAGAUCUGGCGGCUUCCUAGGCGGGGCAGCGGACGGGGCGCGUCUACUCCCGCUGCCGCCGGCCUGAUAAAUGAGGGACUUCGGGUUUGGGGUGCUGCAGACCGCCCCGCUCCGAAGCAGCAGCCCCGGGUCCCUGUUCAGCGGCGGGGCGUACUGUCCCUACGCCGCGGGGCCCGCCGCGGCCGCCGCCCCGCUGCCCUCCGCCACGCCCUUCGGCCCGCUCUCGCCGCCGCCGUUGCCUGUCACCGGCUUCUCGGAGGCCGCCUCCCCCUUCUCUAUCCCCCUCGGCUGCGGCGGCGCGGGCGGCUCGGCCGCCGCCGCUUCCUCUUCCUCCCCGUUCCUGGCGCAUCAGCAGACCAUGCAGGAUGAGCUGCUGCUGGGGCUGACACAGCAGCCGGCGCGGCCGCUCUCGGGGGCGGCGGCCGCGGAGAAACUCCCCAACCACCACCCCGGCGGCGGCACGAACGCGGGUGUGACCCACCUCCUCCCCUCCCAGGACUUCAAACCGAGUCUGCACCACCCCUCCUCCUCCUCCGCCUCCUCCUGCUGCUGCUGCCGCACCUCCUCCCCGCAGGACUUCAGUAAGCGGCAGCAGCAGCAGCUGAGCAGCCAGAAGAGGAAAGAGUUCAGCCCUCCCCACCUUCCCCACCCUCCGGACUCGAAGCCGCCGCCACCGCUCCACUGCCCCGGCCGGUUCAGCCCGCCGCCGCCGCCCAGCCCGCUCCUCCAGCCGGCGCAGCUCGCCCAGCGCCAGCAGCAGCAACAGCAGCAGCAGCAGUUCAGCCUCCCGCGCCCGCAGCACCUCCCGCCGCAGGACUUCGCCCCGCGGCAGCGCCCGGCCGACCUGUCCCCGCUCCCGCAGCUCCAGCCUUCGCCGCCCGCAGCCCCGCGGCGCCGCCACGGAGGCGCGGGCAGCCCUCGCAAGACCCCGGCCGCGGGUGAGGGCAGCGCCGCCGAGCCCCCCAAUGCGGGCUUGGCCCCCUCGACGCCGCCGGUGAACCCCGCGCCGGGCUCCAUGGAGUCCCCCAACCACCCUCUGCUCAACAGUCCCAGUAACCUCCUGCCCGGCGGGGCGCUCGGCUCGGGCGCCUUCAGCAGCCUGCAGAGCCCGGACCUUCCGCACUCAGGCGGCGGCGGCGGCGGCGGGGGCGGGGGGCCCCCCGGAGGCGGAGGGGGAGGUGGCUCCGCGUCGCCGCCGCCGCUGCCCGGCUUCGGCACUCCCUGGUCGGUGCAGACCGCGUCGCCGCCGCCCCAGCCCCAGCCCCAGCCGCCGCCGCCGCCCCAGCAGCAGCCGCCGCCUCCGCCCCAGCAGCCGCCGCAGCCGCCGCAGCCCGGCUCGUCGGCCGCCACCCCGGGCGGCGGCGGCGGCAGCGGCGGCUCGCUCAGCGCCAUGCCACCGCCCAGCCCCGAUUCGGAGAACGGCUUCUACCCCGGGCUGCCGUCGUCCAUGAACCCGGCCUUCUUCCCGAGCUUCUCGCCCGUGUCCCCGCACGGCUGCGCGGGACUCAGCGUGCCAGCGAGCGGCGGCGGCGGCGGCGGCGGCGGCGGCUUCGGCGGCCCCUUCUCGGCGGCCGCGGUGCCCCCGCCGCCGCCGCCCGCCAUGAAUUUACCUCAGCAGCAGCCCCCGCCGCCCGCGGCGCCGCAGCAGCCACAGAGCCGGAGGUCGCCCGUCAGCCCGCAGCUCCAGCAGCAGCACCAGGCGGCGGCCGCCGCCUUCCUGCAGCAGAGGAACUCCUACAACCACCACCAGCCUCUUCUGAAACAAUCUCCUUGGAGCAACCAUCAGAGCAGUGGCUGGGGCACUGGAAGUAUGUCCUGGGGAGCAAUGCAUGGCAGAGAGCAUCGUAGAACUGGAAACAUGGGAAUUCCAGGAACUAUGAAUCAGAUAUCUCCAUUGAAGAAACCGUUUUCUGGUAAUGUCAUAGCACCACCGAAAUUUACUCGCUCUACUCCAUCACUGACUCCAAAAUCUUGGAUUGAAGAUAAUGUGUUCAGAACAGACAACAAUAGUAAUACACUCUUACCCUUACAGGUAAGAAUGGUGAGAUCUAGUUUGCAGUUGCCAGCUUGGGGCUCAGAUUCACUCCAAGAUAGUUGGUGCACUGCAGCCGGAACAUCCAGAAUAGACCAGGAUCGUAGUAGAAUGUAUGACAGUUUGAAUAUGCACUCUUUGGAAAAUUCCCUUAUUGAUAUUAUGAGAGCAGAGCAUGAUCCUCUUAAGGGUCGAUUGAGCUAUCCACAUCCAGGAACUGACAAUCUGUUGAUGUUAAAUGACACCAAGGUUGUUGAAGAGAGAAGUAGGCAAAGGACACUAAAAACAAGGAGUUAUGGGCGAAGACGAGGUCGUUCUUCCCUCUUUCCAAUAGAUGAUGGCUUGCUGGAUGAUGGUCAUAAUGAUCAAGUUGGUGUUUUAAAUUCACCCACAUGUUACUCAGCUCAUCAAAAUGGAGAGCGAAUAGAACGCUUCUCUCGAAAAGUUUUUGUUGGUGGUCUUCCUCCAGAUAUUGAUGAGGAUGAAAUUACUGCCAGCUUCAGAAGAUUUGGGCCUUUGGUAGUAGAUUGGCCUCAUAAAGCAGAAAGCAAGUCCUAUUUUCCACCAAAAGGCUAUGCAUUCCUUCUCUUUCAAGAGGAGAGCUCAGUUCAGGCACUAAUUGAUGCUUGUAUUGAAGAAGAUGGAAAACUAUAUCUGUGUGUUUCCAGCCCUACUAUCAAGGACAAACCAGUUCAGAUCCGUCCUUGGAAUUUAAGUGAUAGUGAUUUUGUGAUGGAUGGUUCUCAGCCUCUAGAUCCUCGAAAAACAAUUUUUGUUGGAGGUGUUCCUAGGCCAUUAAGGGCUGUGGAACUUGCUAUGAUCAUGGACCGGCUGUAUGGUGGAGUUUGUUAUGCAGGAAUUGACACAGAUCCUGAGCUAAAAUACCCAAAAGGUGCUGGUCGAGUUGCUUUCUCCAAUCAACAGAGCUAUAUUGCUGCCAUCAGUGCUCGGUUUGUUCAGCUUCAGCAUGGUGAUAUUGAUAAACGUGUGGAGGUAAAGCCAUAUGUGCUAGAUGACCAGAUGUGUGAUGAAUGCCAGGGCGCACGCUGUGGUGGAAAAUUUGCUCCCUUUUUUUGUGCCAAUGUCACUUGCCUGCAGUAUUACUGUGAGUUUUGUUGGGCAAAUAUCCACUCUCGUGCAGGACGUGAGUUCCAUAAGCCAUUGGUAAAGGAAGGUGCUGAUCGCCCACGUCAGAUCCACUUCCGCUGGAACUAAAAAUAGCGAACCGGCCUCUGUUUAACAAGGAAGGAAAGGGUGCAUGUGGCUUACUGUGUCUGAAGAUACUGACAUGCAGAAGAAAUAAGUGCAUUCUUCUGCUUUCACCCCAGCUAUCAAUACAUGCAUCUUUAUCAGCAGCCAAAACACUACAAGCCUCUUGUUUUUCACCAAAACCCUACAUCUCAGGCUUACUAAUUUUUGUGAUAUUUUCAUGUUAAAAUAAAAUGUUUUUUUGUAUUUUCUCCAAGUUAUUUUUAUAUGUAAAGUUAAAAUUAGAUAUGAGAAUGUUUUGAGUAGGGGCAAAAAGUCUGCUGCUAUAUAGUGGGUGAAGCGUGCACUUAUUUCUAAACGUGGGUUUUUAACUUUAAGAUCUGCCCCAGUAAUUUACCAAAGGUAGCAAAAUAAUAGUGAAGAUGGAAUAUGUCUGCUACAAAUGCUUAUUUUUAUUGUUGCUAUUUUCAGUGUAUACAUAAACUAAAAAUUAGGGUUGAUUUUUUUGCUCUCCAUUUUGACUUGCAAGAAAUAAUACCUCAAGAUAAUCUGAUUUAUUAGCUAUUUUUAAACAUUUUUAAUCACAAGCUGUAUUAGCUUUGCUGCUAUAUAGGUGUUAUGUGUAAAUGCCACCUAUUAAUACGGGAUUGAAAACGUUAGAGACACACUGCAUUGCAGAUAAAAUGCAGGCAGCACAAUAUGGCCUAAACUGCCAUAGUUUUAGAAUGUGAAAAAAAAAAAUGCAUGUUUACUUACCUGUAUACACCAUAUGCAUGCACUAGAAUUAUUAACUAACAAGAGGUGAGGUAUUGCAAAUGUUCAAAAAAGCUCUCUUGAAUCUAGGUAGCAUGAACAAAUUAUAAAAUUUGUUUAAAAAAAAAGCAAACUUGCAUGCAUUAUUGUGACUUCAAGUUAAAAAAAAUUGUCCUACAUGUGUACAAUAUGCAAAUUAGUUUUAGAUUAGAGAGUGCAGCCAUUUUGUGAUCUGGUCGGUAGUGGAAUUCGAUUUUAUGCAGACUGGAUGUAAUAUUUGUAAUCCCUGUGCAAUUUUGUGAUGUGCGGUUCUAAUUCAUGUGCAGUGAUAUAGUAUAGAUAAAAGAUUGAAUAAAAGAAAAAUACUAGAAUUUUAAAGAACGUUGAUUUUAGCCCCUUUGAUAGAUAGUUCAUGGUUAAGACAUCGUUUAUAAACCAAAGAUGGCCAGCACACUGCUAACCAGUCACCAAAUGUAAGACCCACAAGAAGCCCAUAUUUAAACAAAUGAACUUUAUAGAAGAAUGCAAAACUUUAGUAAACCUAAGUAAAGUCAAAAUGGAGAUGGGGAAAUAUACAGAUGGCUAGUUGCAUAAAAUUCAAUUGUACCUUAAAGACAAUGGUGAAAUCUGGCUUAAACUUGCUUACCUGUUUGACCUAUGUAUAUUGAAGUCUUUUGUCUAAACUGGGGUCACUGUUGCAUGGAACAUUGUUGUUCUUAAUGGUUAAGAAUUGCUUUUUUUUUUAAAUUUUGAUGAAGGAAUUUUGGUAAUGACUUUGCUUGCAGUUUUUUUGAGAAAGUGGCAUGGAAACAUGCAAUAGUUAAUGAGUUUCUCUUGGUACUGAACACUAUUAGAAUAUCAUUAGUGAUAUUUUUUCUCUUUAGAGCAUUUGUAAUGCAACUAGCCCCUAU